AAAUCCUCCUUUCUGCCUUCAUUUGCAACUCUGAAAAUUCUAUGUAAAUUCAACCAGUAUCCUCUUUAAUGAUAACUUUUCCUUUAUCUCAUUACACUUUUAUAUUGAUAAACAGAGCUUCAGCCAGAGGAGAGCAGCCAAAUGGUAGUUCCAGCAGGCAAGAGCGGUCAGGAAUACCAAGACAUACUAUUUCCUUCAGAUCAGAGGAACCAACAAACAGUUCCUUUUAAAGGUGGAGGAAGCCAAAUGACAGUCAACAUUCAUAACUUUGAGGUUGGAUCUAUGGUAGAAGUUCCUGUAGCGGGUGCCGGUUACACCAGAUAUGGUGUCAUUCGCUGGAUUGGAAACCUUCCAUCUAUAAACAAGCUGGCAGCUGGUUUGGAGUUGGAAGAGGAAGAGUCUGCAUGUUCAGAUGGGACUUUUCAUAGAAAAAGAUACUUCACCUGUCCAGAGAGAAGAGGUUUCUUUGCUCCAUUGGAGAAUUGCCGACCAGAUUCCCGCUUUGCUAACUGGUCAACCACUGAUGCCAGUUUAAAUGUUGAAAAAGACUUUGGGAGCAUGGUCUCUCCAGAAGUAGUAGGCGUAACCGAACCCCCUAAAACUCUUGAGGAUAGACACUGUGGCCCCAUGCGCGGCCUCCAAGGUCACCAUUUCUCCUCCUACCUUGAUGCCGCACUUUUCAGUAUGUUCGCCUUCACAAGUGUGUUUGACACCUUGCUGCAUCGUUGCAGAAAAGAUGACGAUUUGAUGGAAUAUGAUAAAGUGCAGAGUGUACUGAGAAACUUCAUUGUAAAUCCUCUGAGAGUGUACGGUUUUGUUCGUGCAGACCGCCUUCUUACGCUGAGACACCUUCUUUACGUGCUCAGCUCCACAGCAAACCUAACAAAUGAAGAAAAAGACCCAGAGGAAUUUUUAAACGCUCUCCUGCAACAAGUAUUAAAAGCGGACCCAUUCCUUCACUUAAAGCCCCGAGAUGUACAAGAAAAGAAAGGUGAAGGAGCUUUCUUGUACCAGAUAAUAACUGACAAGGAUGAAACGGUGAAAAUUGCUCAGGUCCAAACUAUGUUAGAGCAGUCUUUUAUCUCAGCGGAUCUCAUACUAUCUGAGGUACCAUCGUGUUUGAUUCUUCAGAUGCCACGGUAUGGUAACAGAUACAAAAUGUACGACAUGAUUCUAUCCAAUCUGGAACUCGACGUCACUCACAUCGUCGAAAAUGUUCCUCACGAAUGCAUCAUGUGCGGCAAGGACGUUGCUCAAUAUGAAUGCAAGAGGUGCUAUCAAAAAGGUCUCUUGAAGGACGGACCCGGAAUAGCGAGCUAUUGUAAGAGUUGCAAUGAGAAAAUUCACGCUCAUCGAAACCGUCAGGAUCAUAAACCAAAGCCGAUACUUCUACCUCGAAUGUACAGUCACUACAGUGACCAAGCGAAAACGGUGGAAAAACAGCUAACACUCGAUAAGCAGAAAAUGGAUCUCUUUGCUGUUGUCUGUAUCGAGAUGAGUCAUUAUGUGGCGUUUGUUAAGUGUGGUACGAAAAAAGACGCCCCUUGGUGCUUCUUUGACAGUAUGGCGGACAGGGAAGGAAGAAAUGGUUACCAUAUCCCUGCUGUGACACGUUGUCCUGAGGCACUGGAAUGGCUCUCCAAAAGCCCUGAGGAAAUCUUUACAGCAAAGGAAAGAGGCGAGAUGCCUGAAAAAGUCCGUCGUCUGCUUGGAGAUGGAUAUCUCUGUAUGUACCAAAACUUAGACGCGACACUGUUUGAAUAAAUCUGGUGAAAUGUAACACGUCA